AAACCUCACAACUCAAGGUCCAAAUCAAGAGUCUGAAUGGAGGGGGAAUUUCUCCUCUAGCUUGACGUUCAUUGCAAUAUUGGAAGACUCAAACCAGAUCGACUUUAGGAGGGAAAUUCUUACUCAUGCCAGGUCAGCCUUUGUAAAAGGCCUUUGACUGGAUGCACUGGAAGCCUGUCUCUCUGCACCACACAUACUGUGGAUUUUCUGCUCUGGCAUUUCAGUCACUUGGAAUGACCACUAAAGUUCCGAGUUCUGGAACCUCUGGAUUUGACCUAAAAUGAAUUCGGACUUUGUGUUGAUGCGACACAGCUUCUCUGUAACCUUGCGGUGUCUUUAAGACUCCCAACUUGGAGAGGAGCCACAUGGGAAAAACAAGUCUUUGGGCAGUCCAAGCGAAGGCCUCCUGACCCAGCAGCCAAGAGCACCCCUGAUCUGCCAUGUACCCCAACCCUCUCGUCUACUGCACCUGCUGGGACCCCUGGAACUUGGGACCACGGAAGCUAAUCAAGACCCCUCAGCCACCAAGCAGGACCUCCCCAGCGAAGCCCAAGCUAACUCCUCUUCCUCCAGCUUCAAAAAAACAAAAUUAUGUCCAACCCCUAAAGAAACCUGUUGUCACCCCAAAAAUGAAAAUCUAUUUAAGAAAACAAGAGGAGAGCAGUAAAUUACCUUAUGAAGUUUUCAACGUGUCUCCUGGCUACACACUCCUUCGGAAUAGGGAGCAGAUUUCCGUCAGCCUGGGAGACGAGAUGUUUGAUCGGAAAAAGCAAUCAGAAUCAGAGAACAUGGACAAAGUCAAAAUGUCCAGGACGGAUAUCGUUGCGGACCUAGAAGAACAGAUCUCAGAACUGACAGUGAUAAUAGAACAAAUGAACAGAGACCAUCAUGCUGCCCAAAAAUUGCUCGCUAAUGAAAGGGAUCUCCACUGUGCUGAGAUGCAGCAGAACUUUGAAAGCAAGAAGAGGGAGCUUGAGGAGGCUCACGCAGCACAGCUCAGUGAGCUGGAGGAAAACUACAAAGCAGCCUUGAAAGCAGAGAAGCUGGCUGCCAAGGAUAAACUCGAGGAGAUGGGAAAGGAAUAUAAGUACUUGAAGAACAUGUUUCAUGUAUAUCAGGACAGCAUUUAUGAUGAGCUGGAGGACAAGUGGUCAAAGAAGAAGGCAGAAUGGGAGAAGGAUGAGAAGCUGGAGAGGGAAAAGAUCCUGCUAUGGCAAAAAUAUAGGAUAACCAAAAAGUUUGAGUUAGAGUCCAAAGAAGAGAAGAAGAAAAUAAAUGCUAUGCUUGAGAACUUAUGUCGGGAGAAGGAGGAGCUGUUGAAACAACAUGAAAGAGACACCUUGCAAUUAGAGGAGCUGAGAAAGACCAAAGAGGUCAUGGAGGAAGAGUUGCACGCUCAAGCUCUUAUCCUAGAAUCACUUAACACAACCCUCUACCAAACCCAGUUGGAACUCCAGAGAGAGAAAGCUCUGGUUGGAAAUCUGGAGAAAACAUUCCAGACCAAGCUUGCUGAAGCUGAAGAAAAGUUUAAAUACACAAUACAGAACCUGACCGAAGAAAACAUUCAUCUAAGACAAAGGAUAAUUGCCAAAAAUGAAGAAAUUUAUGAUGAACGAUCUGGGAAGUUGACCUCUAUUACUAUGCAGGACGGUAUUUCUGACACUUUAGAAGAUGCUAGCAACAAAACACAAGAACCAUAA